AUGGAUUUAGAUUCAACAGACGAAGGCAAUACAUACCUAUUUUUUGGUUUACGUGAGCCUUUCUUUGGUCUUAACGAGAUGGAUUUCGAGCUUCAUGGAAUAUACAUGGAUCAUGAACCAGAGCAAGAGUUCGUUACUCUACUAGACAAGUGUAAGGACGUAUUUCUUAAUGUUCUACCAACUGAUAAAAAUCUUAGAAAAUCUAGUUUGGUUAAUGAAGUAAGAACACAAGUGCAUCAUGGGAAUGAUUUGCAAAGUGAUGAAGACGAGCAAGAGCAUGUGAAAAACAAGUACAACAUACGUGAUCCAAAAACAAAAUGGAACCAAAGCUUGGUGACAUUUUUGAGACUGUUACAUAGCUGA